GUUGGCUCUUGUCGUCGAGGCACCACACCGCGCAGUCUACUGUGAGCCGGGACGGAAUACAGGAGCAUCAUCCAUCUAGUUCGUGCGAUUACGAGGAGCUCUCCAGAAUAUCGAAGAAAGUUUGAAUUUUCGUGCUAGCUCGGAAGCGAUGCUGGUAACGGCUCCCUGAACUGAACUUUCGCUCAGCUGUGAUCUCCCGGUCUGUUUCGACACUACCGCUAGAAGUAGGUGUGAUCCUCGCUACGGAAAAAUGCUGGCUCGCUCCUCUGCGAUGUACACCCGCAGUAUGUCGACGAAUCCCUCACACAGAUAUAUUCAGAGAGUCAAAGACUCGUUUCAAUGGACUUUCGUUCACAGCUCGCAAGCAGAGCGUGGUGGAGACGCGCUGUACGAGGCUGCAGUCGAUAAAGUUGAUCACGCGCUCUGGUUCAAGCGUUUCGCUCUCCCGGACACGUUCGUCUCGUGGUUCGCAAUAACCGAGCUACAUGCGUGGAUGUGCGCUCAAAGAGUCAUGGACGAUGGUUUCAGCCGUCGCGGUCAAGGCGCUCGGGAUAACUUGAUCAAGAAUAUGUGGACGGAUUGUGAAACGCGAAUGAAAAAGCUCGGGCCGAUGGCGUCGAAGAAGCGACAAGAUGGUCUGUUCGAACUAGCGGAUCACUUCAAGCUCAUGAUGUUCGUCUACGAUGAGGGUCUCAACAAAGAUGACCAAUUGCUGGCGGCUGCUCUGUGGCGAGGGUUGUUCCACCGAGACGAGAAAUUCACGGAGUUUCACCAUCUCCGGACUUUGGUGCAUUACGUCAGGUCGAACGUCGAUCAUCUAGACAAGGUGCCAAUCGGGAAACUAUACGAGUUCGAUGGUUUCACGUGGAAACCUCUGGAAGAGAGCAUCAAAGCCACCUCAGGUGGAGCACUUAAUCAAGUGACUUAAUCUCCUAGGGAAUAAAUAGGUC